CACUGCGCUCGGUAAUUCGGGCGCACUGGAAGCCGCAGUCAACUUUUGCCGGUCACCUAGCGAACAUUACAAAGCAUAGAGCCUCUUUAUAAAAGAUAGCGUAAGAGAAAAAUAACUAAAACAAAUACGGUGAAAUUUCCAUACAAAACGUCUAUUUUUUGCAUCCUCGGUGCUUCUUUGAUAAAACUGUUACAACUGUGAUUUCUGCAAAACUGCGCAAAUUUCUGGGAGAUAUCGAAUAUUGAAUGUUCAAACGUUCCAUCAAACAAAAGAUCAUAAAAUGAUGACUCUGAGGGAAGGCAUGCAUAUGAUCUACGAUUCAUUACUGUUUAUCGGCAUGGCGAUAGUUUAUUUCACUGAAACUAUAAUAUUAACGCUAAUUCCUCGUCGAUAUCGAGCAAAAUCGAUCAAAGGUGAAAUUGCUCUUAUUACGGGUGGUGCUAGUGGAAUUGGCAAACUUAUCGCAAUCAAAUUAGCUAAACUAGGUGCGCAUGUAAUUAUUUGGGACAUCAACAAAAACGGUCUUGAAGAAGUUGCAGAAGAGAUUAGAAAAAUUGGUGGGAAAUGUUGGACGUAUUGUUGCGAUAUAGCUGAUAAAGAGGCAGUGUAUCAUACUGCAAAAGCGGUACAAGUUGAAAUCGGAAAUGUGAAUCUAUUAAUAAAUAAUGCUGGAUAUGUAUACGGGAAGACUUUUAUGGAAUUGCCCGACCGCGAAAUUGAACGAACUUUUAAAGUGAAUAUUUUAUCACAUUAUUGGAUUACAAAGUCAUUCUUGAAAGAUAUGAUGAAAAAUAAUCAUGGUCAUAUUGUGACGAUAGCAAGCGUCGCUGGACUUUUAGGAAUUUACAAUUGUACAGAUUAUUCCGCGACAAAAUUUGCCGCCAUUGGAUGUCAUGAGAGUCUCGUCACUGAACUCAAAGUACAUGGAUAUGAAGGAAUUCAAAUGACUUUAGUUUGUCCUUAUCUCAUUAAUACAGGAAUGUUCAAUGGAGUGAAACCUAGAUUGAUGCCCAUGCUUGAACCGGAAUAUGUUGCCGAAGAAGUGAUUGCAGGUGUAUUAGUGAAUGAGUCAUUGAUAAUAUUACCCCACAUCUUAAGAUAUUUACUGCCGUUUAAAAGCUUAUUACCGAUGAAGAUGAAUUGGGCAUUAAUGUAUCAUAUUUUGAAAGGACCACAAAUCAUGAUGACAUUUAAAGGUCGUGAAUCAAAUGAUACAGUCAGUGAUGAUUAUGGUACAACAAAUUAUAAAGAUAUACGCAAGCAUUAGAAUUAUGUGUGACAAGAUGUAUUAGAACCUUAAUUUAGUUUUCACCCAAAAAAGGGCGAGAAAAAACAUUUAUUGGAAAAAAUUUGUACAAAUUAUUUUAAUAAAAGUAUUUUCCAUCA